AUGUUGAGAAGUGCGUUCAUCGUUGCUUUCCUCAGCAUCCCAGAUCGGGUUGCCGCCUUCACUGGAAUCAAAGGCUGGUCCAGGAAGGUGCUGUACAAUAAGAUCGACCUCUGCACUCAGUCUUGCUAUAGUCAGAUUAUUCCGGGACUUUACUUAAGCAAUGCAAAGGCAGCUUGCGACCGAAAUGUACUCCGGCAUCUUAACAUCACCCAUGUGCUCACAAUUGAGACGCGCAGGUUGCCAAAAUCAACUUUUAUUGACAGCAACAUUAGUACCCUCUACAUUAGGGCCAACGACACUCCUCAAACCAAUCUCCUGCCCUACUUCCCAAUGGCCAACGCCUUCAUCGAGGAGGGCUUGCAGAAGGGGAAUGUGCUCGUCCACUGUCACUUUGGAGUUUCCAGAUCCGCCACCCUGGUCAUUGCAUUCAUCAUGGAGAAAUAUAAACUGACGUUCGAGCAAGCGUACAACUUUGUACGACAAAGGAGAAGUUUUAUCAAUCCUAACCCUGGGUUUGUAAACCAGUUGAAGCAGUAUCAUCAAAUGAAUUACGAUGUAAGCGGGUUUCAGAGAUUCGAAGCGUACAUGAAUGUAAAUGCAAGGAAACAUAAAUAUACAAUAGCAUCCUUAGCGGCUGUAUUGGUUGGGGUGAUAGUUCCAAUCGUCGUUUUAGUCGUG